UCAUCGUGCGCGCGCAAACAGUCUGAGCAUCAUGGCGGCUGCCAUCGAAAGUUUGCUGUCAGAGAUAGCCGAAGCGGAGGAUCUGGUCGAGGCGCUGAGGAACCUCCGGACGGCUGUUUUGGCGACUCCUGUUAGCUCUCUGAGGGAAACCAUAACCGUUGCACAGCUGGGAAUAAUUUUCUCGCUGCUGAACACAAAUGACAAGGAGCAGAUAGAAGUCUGUGUGGAGAUUCUGAGACGGAUCUUGGAGAUAUUGGACCCUGCACACCUUGCUCGCAACUGCAAAAUAGAGCUCCAAAGCGGACUUAACCACCCGGAUAAUUCUGUUAGAGUUCUUGCUCUCACUCAGCUUGGGCGGGUCCUGGGCAACGCUAAAGGGAUUGCAGAGGUGAUGAAUAACCCUGAGAUCCUACAAGAUGUUAUUAAGUGCAUGGGGACAGAAAGUAUAGGGGUAUCUAAAGAGGCAAUAUCUGCCCUCAGCAAGCUCAGCAACACAAAAGCAGGGCUUGAUGCUUUGUUCCGCUUUGAUUUGUUACAAAAUCUCAAAGAUGUGAUGGCCAUCAGUGACAUCGUCAGAUACAGAGUGUAUGAGCUGGUGGUGGAGAUCUCAUCUGUGUCCCCUGAAUCACUGGGUUACUGUGCCAGCAGCAGCUUCAUUACUAAAUUACUUGAGGAGCUGACUGGAGAUGAUGUUCUCAUCAGAGCGACAGCUAUACAGAUGGUGACCAGCCUGGCUCAGAGCCAACAUGGCCGUCAGUACCUGGCGCAGCAGGGAAUCAUGAACAAAGUAUCCAACAUGAUUAUAGCUGCAGACUCUGAUCCCUUCUCAAGCUUUUACCUGCCAGGCCUGGUGAAGUUCUUUGGAAACCUGGCCAUCAUGGACAGCCCACAACAGGUGUGUGAAAAUUACCCAGCAUUCCUGAACAUGGUGUUUGCCAUGGCAAUGUCGCCUGACUCCACACAGAUCCCUGUUGCCCUGGAUACACUAGGAUUGCUGGGCGGAACUGUUGAGGGCAAACAAGUCCUGCAUAAAACAGGUGAACAGUUUAAAACUGUGGUAAAGCAAAUGAGCCAGUUAGCCCAAGAUGGAGCUACUGAGCUCAGAGUGCGAAGUCUGGAUGCCAUUGCUCAGCUACUCACACUGCCAGUUGAACAGCAGACUGAUGACCUGUUGCUGCUAACACAAUUGUGGUUCUGCUCUCUGAGCUCCGAUCCAAUGGAAAUGAUCAGGAACAUCAGCACUCAGCCAUUCCCUGAGUUACACUGCAGCGCACUACGCAUAUUUACUGCAAUCGCAUGCCAGGCCUGGGGCCAGCGAAUGAUGAUGUCAUCACCAGGAUUUGCUGAAUGGGUGGUGGAGCGCUCAGUUAGUAAAGGGAAGGAGGCAAAAGACUGUAAAUUCGAGCUGGUCGGCGCACUGCUGAGCUCAUCUAGCACACAAGAAAUCUUCGGCGCUCAAAAUUACUUGAAGCUAAAAACAUACCUAAGGGAGGGACCAUACUACGUCAGUGCUGUAGCUUCUGUCACCACAGAGGGAGCAGACUAAUGCUCAAGCUGACUGUUUAUUCAUUUUCUUUUAAGUUGUUUAUUUGCAGAAGUGGAUAAAAACUGUCUGUCUUAAUCAAUUUAUUUGAGAGAUAAAAACAUAAACACACACACACAAGCUGACCAGUUAUGCCCAUUCCCCUGAAAUCCAUUUAGUCAUUGUUCCUUGUGGGAUAAUAACCCUCAGUUCUUACAUUAUCUUUGUUUUUCUGUUUUUCUGUUUCAGACUUUUAUUGUUCCACAAAAUCAAGCAACUUUUUACUUACUAAGUUUUUUCUAAAGGACUCUGGCAACAGCACUACUGACAUUUAAAUUUAGUGAGUGAAAUUCAGGAAACACUUGUACUACAGCCCAAAUCUCCAGGACAGAAUGCCCAAAAUCUUACUUCUGUAGACUUGCCAAUAUCUUUUUGCAUUUAACAAUGAAUAAACAAAUACACAUCCUAUGGCCACAGUAAGAUCUUUUUUUCUGUGGUUUAUUUUCAGAAACACAUUGGUAGCCCUCUGAGCAAGUGAAACCUAAAAGGAAAUGCUGAUGUUAUGUAAUAAAGUAUGUUUACACAUGUUUUACAAAAUAAGUGUACCUCAUCACAAGCUAGUAGAUAUUUAUUUAAGGGACGAUCGAGUCACAUAGAUGUUUUAGAUUGUGCAGAACAACAGAUUACAAUUGUGAGUGUAAAAACUCCCAUUAUUUCUCUAUAUAAUUGCUACACUAUGCUGCUUUGCCGCUGCUGAUUUAUCCAUUCCUGGGGAGAUACAGAUAUUUUGAAAGACUAUAAAAUCAUUUAGCUACUAACAGUUUCAUAAGAAUUUUGGAAAUUCUUAGAAAUGGACAUGCCAAGACUACAAGAUAUAAACUUAAACUGUUUAACAGUGCUUGCAAUGUGCAGUGUAUUAAAAUUGUUUCCAAGUGUA